ACUGGCGCCAGAGAUUUAGAGAGGACGCCUCACCCCUCUUUGUCCUUUGACUCAUUAAUAUACACUAUCGCGUUAUUCAAGAUGAUUGAAUCAACUUCGGGAUUUGUCAAGUCAUCGAUACCGUUGUAUCACAGUGCCCUUAAAUCUUUUAGCUUUAAAUGUGCGGAGUUGCUUAUGGGCAUAUUUAUUUUUAAGCUCUUCUCGCUUAUUGCUGCACGAUCAAACCAAUUCACAGCAUAUCUUAUGUUUACAGAAGACUACAUCCAGCAAUCACUCUUUAUCUCCUCCCGGGGCAUUUCGCGCGGUGGGCUAGUCGUUCUACUAUUUAGCCUUCUUAGCGUUACUUCAUCCCUCUAUGGCACACUUCUUUGGGCUUUGGAUUCACCAGGCUACAUCUUCCAGGCAACAAACACGACCGUCGCUGCUGACCAACGCCAAAGAAACGAGAACCCUCCUUACAUCAUACAACUGGCCCUAGAUCCGACUGAACUUCGAAGCACCGGGGAAAAGCUCCCACAAAUCAUUGGUGCUGAACUAUUCAAUCCGGGUCUCAACUACAGUUUAACAGGGAAAGUGGACAACAGCCAUGGGACACCUGAAGUGGUAGCGCCGACACGACAAGGGCUUGGUAUCGGUGCCCGUAUUUGGUUAGAUGGUGACGGCUUCUCAGUUUCCCCGGACACCAACGCGAUGAUGCCUUAUACUGAUACUAUGAAUAUGACUUUGUUUAGUUCAUGCAUCUUAUUUAAUGAAGGGUCUGCUGUUUGGAAUUGCACAUUUAAUAAUGCCGAAGCGCAGAGCAUUAUUGAAGGGGUAACAGGACUGCCCGAGGUUCAUUGGAACGAUGCGACUGACGAAGACAUGGAUUCACGAUACAUCAGGCCUAACAGGGCCGACAACAUUUGGGUCUCACUGGGCACAGGUGGAGGCUCAGCCUUCAUGAAUCAAGUAUUUACUGUGACCAAAGAAACAAGACGCCACACCUUUUUUCAGUCCACUUUUAAGGCGACAAUGGUGACCAAUCCCGGUAUUCCGUUUGGGCAAUAUGAAGUCGCUGACUUCGUCAACCGGACUUGGAGCACCAGCACCGACCAAGACAGUACCAAAGAAGCCAACCCUCUCAUGGGCCGUAUUAUCUACGACAUAAUGGGGGCUCAGGAUCAGGGUGCCAGUUACCAGUUUGGUGCAAACACCGCUGAUAACAACAAUAAGUCCGCUCUUCAAAAGAACUGGGGUUAUUAUACCCCGCAAGUCAAUAACGCCAGCAUGUAUUCUCUCAUCAGCAUUACCACCACAAAGAUCACACUCAUUCGAUCGGAAACACUUUCUGAGGCCCCAGAGCCUUUUGAGAAAUGUGAAAGAUCCAAUUUCCAGAACGAAGGAUUCGGUGGAAAGGUCACGCAGACUGAUUGUACUAGUUCCAAAGCUCCAGAUGUUAAACAUGGCUUCUUUGGUCAAGUUGAUACAGCUGCUGUAAUGAUCACGCGUGGUUUAGGUGCUGCUCGAUCAAACAUUAGUGCUCAGUCACUUGACGAAAAGUCCCUGACUUGGCUGCGGGAUAACUCUGGAGCAAUUGAGGCAUUAUUGACUGCUAGAGCUUACAGCGUCAGCAUCGACCCGUCACUUGUGGAACUCAGCGUUGAUAAACUCAUGGUAGCUAUGUCUAGCUUGCAGCUCUUUUUAACCUGCUUGGCUUUAGUACUUGCUGCAGUUAUCUGGAUAGGCCUCAUGUAUUCUGCCCAUGGACACUGGUCUAGCACUCUUCUGGGGAACCUGAUUCAUACUACCUCAGAAAUGAACGAAGCAAACCCAGGAUAUGUCAAGAAAGCUCCAGAGAUAACCCUGUUGCCCAUGGGUCGGAAGAAGGUCUUAGCAGUGGAUGGGGGAACGUUGACUAUAUCAAAUACCGGAUUGACGUCAAUGCAGCCUUUUGCGACUUUUGACCCAUUUCCGGGGGAUCCAAAAGGGCAUAUGGAAGUGGAUGCAUACUCCUUAAGCUAUGGCGACCAAUAUACGGGGAGACAAAGGCUACUAUCAAGUAAUGAGCCCAACUACAUGUAUAGGCGAUAAUAUUGUUGUCUCAUGUAUCUAGAAUUGCGUUUAAUAUUAGGAUAAUAUGCAAUGUAUAAAUAGUACUAGAAUG